AUGCCUUCCAAAGUAGAAACAUCUUGGCCUUCAGGCGACGUGCUUGCUCCACAUGAAGUCUCCAAACUUGACAAGCAUGGAUACGUCUUUGGGAACAAGCUGGAAAAGUCGCUAGCUCCCUUUACCCAUGACUUAGUCUUCAGAAGUCUGGAUCUCCGAUGGGGCCAGGUCCGACUGGAAAAGCCUACAAUUCCAGAGUUCUUACAACUUAUUAGACACCCAGAUUGCUAUGGCUCGGCAGUUACGAUGCCACACAAGGUGGCGAUUCUGGAACAUCUCGAUGAGAUGACGGAACAGUGUCGUGAUGUGGGUGCUUGCAACACGGUUUGGUUCAAAGAAGUCGAUGGUCGCCGAAUCCUCUGCGGCACCAAUACGGAUGUCAUUGGCAUCCGCGACUCCUUCACUCGCAACGUCGCGGACCCUGAUCAAGUCUAUCAUGGCCGCCCUGCCCUUGUUAUCGGCGGUGGUGGCGCAGCCCGGAGCGCCAUAUACGCACUCCAAAAAUGGCUCAAGGUUACCAACAUCUACCUUGUAAAUCGUGAUGAUGAGGAGGUAAAGGUGAUGCUUAAAGACUUCUCCGACAAGCCAUACAGAGAAAGACUUGUUCAUGUCGACUCCGUUGAAAAGGCACUGGAGCUCGAAACUCCCGGUGCCAUUGUGGCUUGUAUUCCUGACAACGAGCCCAAGUCGGAAGGAGAGCUUCUCGCAAGGAGCAUCACAGAAGAAUUCCUCCAGCGUGAGAGGAAGGGCGCUAUUCUGGAAAUGUGCUACAACCCUACACCCUUUACAAGAUUACAGGGCUUAUCGAAGAAAAAUGGCUGGAAAGUUCUCCUGGGUACAGAAGCAUUAAUUUGGCAAGGAAUUGCACAGGAUGAGAUCUGGGCGGACCAGUCUAUAGAUAAUGCUGUUAUUGAGAAGGUUCAAGCAGCAAUUGCCGCGAAGGUUCAGGAUAAAUAG